AAUAAGCUAAACAAUACCAGCGUUUAUUCCUAUAGCUGGGGAAACUGUGGAUAAAGCACAUUUCUUUUCAGCACUGUAGCCAGGCUGACUGAGAGUCAAAGCUCUAUUGAGCCUUGUAUUCCCUUAGCCCUUAGCAGUAAUGAUUUUAUGAGCUUUUUAAUGACAAAAUUCUAACUAUUACAGGCAAAAUUCAUGACCUCCUGUCCUCAGAUAGUACCUAUCUGCCCUCAAACACAGCUGUUAGACCUAAUAUAUAUUUAGAUUGCUUCUCCCCGAUUUCUCUUCAACAACUGACCGCAGUGGUUUCUUCAUCUAAAUCAACAACGUGUCUCUUAGACCCCAUCACAACUAGGCUACUUAAGGAGGUCUUUCCUUUAGUUAACACUCAUAUAUUAGAUAUGAUCACUAUAUCCUUAUUAACAGGCUAUGUACCACAGUCCUUUAAGGCAGCUGUAACUAAACCUAUUCUAAAAGAACCCACCCUGGAUCCAGAGGUGUUAGCCAACUAUAGACCAAUAUCUAAUCUUCCCUUUAUGUCAAAGAUCCUUGAGAAAGUAGUCGCAGAACAGCUGUGUGAUUUUCUCCAUGAUAAUAAUCUAUUUGAGGAAUUUCAGUCAGGACUUAGAGUGCAUCACAGCACUGAGACAGCUCUAGUUAAAAUUACAAAUGACCUUCUGAUUGCUUCAGACAAAGGACUCGUCUCUGUACUUGUUUUAUUAGAUCUUAGUGCGGCGUUUGACACUAUUGACUAUCAAAUUCUGCUACAGAGACUGGAACAUUUAAUUACACACUAGAUACACACUGUAACAAAUUGGAAAUGGUCAGACGCACUAAUAGAUUGCAACAGAUCUGAAGAAGACAGAUUGUUUGUUUUUGUUUUGUUUUAAUUCAUUUUUUCACUCUGUUGUCAAUUACACACAGGUACAAACACACACACACACACACACACACACACACACACACACACACAGGACCUAUACAGGGGGGAGUUAAUAACAGGGCUAACUGAAGAGAAACACAGUAUUACAGUAGGGAAUCUACUUGAAAAGACAUCAGUGAAAGUGUGUAAGCUUCCAUUUAAUUAUUUAAGAGUAACAGGAAUAAUGGAGUGAAUUUAGGUUUUUUUUUGUCUCCUGUGAAUUUACUGCUUCACACUCCAGUCCAGGAGGUGGCGGAAAUGCGCCUGAAAGCUGCGUCAUUAAACUCGAGGAAGAAGAAGGAGGAGGCGCAGAAGAUGAAGAACAAGCUAAACAACAAUACCAGCGUUUGCUCCGAUAGGAGGGAAAAUUGUGGACAAAGCGUCUUUGUGCUGCUGUAAGAACCCGUUGAUGAGCGGAAAGGGAAAAAUGCGCAUUGUGACUGACGGAACUUUAACAGUGUGACACAUUCAGCGGCAAACAAUGCAGACGUUAGCUCCAUGAAUGUAUGGGAUUAGCUGUGAAAUGGUAGUGUAGUUGUUGUGUAGAAAAGUAUUUCACUUAUAAUUAGACAACAAUGUGUUCAGUCGAGUCUUUGAGAGAGUUUGUCAACGAGCGACUAACUGCUGCUGCUGAAGAAAUAUUGGGAGUUUUUCAAAGAAGCAUCGUCGAGUACGAGGAAGAGAUCGAUCGUCAGCGCAGACUGUUGGAUAUGGUUUGGAAACCCGAAAUACAGUCACACAGGACAGAGCUCCCACAGCAACAUGUGUGUAAGGAGGAGGAGGUUGUCCCUGAGCAGCAGCUCUGUAUUGAGGAGAGGAAGUCCAGUGUGGAGCAAGAGGAGCCAGAGGCUCCAGAGAUUAAAGAGGAAGAGGAGGAAGUGUGCAGCAGUCAGGAGGGAGAGCAGCUUGUGGUGAAGCAGGAGACUGAUGGCUUUAUGUUGAGUCCUGCUGAUGAGGAAAGUGAGCAGAGUGAAGAUCAGACUCUGGACUUCAUUCACGAUGACACUCAAAGUGCAGCAGAGAAAGAGUCUGUCAUCAACAUACCAUUUAUAACCUAUGUGAUACCAACCAGUGACCACCAGCUGCUCUCCCACAACUCUUAUGUUGUUGAGAGCCAAGAUGAGGAAGGAAGACAUCUUGAAAAGGAUGGUCUCAGUAACAAUGAUAACAACUCUGCCAUGUCAAAGAUUCACCUCAGCACUUAUACAGGUGAAAAAUCUUUCAAAUGUGACACUUGUGGAAAAGCUUUUCAGUACAAGUCAAACUUAAAUAUACACAUGAGAAUCCACUCGGGUGAGAAGCCAUUUAAAUGCAAAACAUGUGGAACAGCUUUCAGACAUAAUAGUAGCUUGUUGGCCCACAAAAGAAUCCACACAGGUGAGAAGCCGUUUAGAUGCAAAACAUGUGGAAAAGCUUUCAGAUAUAAUAGUCCUUUGACAAUCCACAUGAGAAUCCACACAGGUGAGAAGCCAUUUACAUGCAAAACAUGUGGGAAAGCUUUCAGACAGAGUAGUGAGUUGACAGUCCACAUGAGAACCCACAGUGGUGAGAAGCUGCACCUUUGUAGUACAUGUGGGAAAAGAUUCAGUGACAACUCAGCAUUGAAAAGUCAUAUGAGAAUCCACUCAGGCGAGACGCCAUAUACUUGCACAACAUGUGGGAGAGCUUUCGGACAGAAAGGUCACCUAAAAUGCCACAUGAGAAUCCACACAGGUGAGAAGCCAUUUACUUGUACAACAUGUGGGAAAGCUUUUGGAUAUAAAUGUCACUUAGACACCCACAUGAGAAUCCACACAGGUGAGAAGCCGUUUACAUGCAAAACAUGUGGGAAAGCAUUCAGACAUAAUAGUCAUUUGACAGCCCACAUGAGAAUCCACACAGGUGAGAAGCCAUUUACAUGCAAAACAUGUGGGAAAGCUUUCAGACAGAGCAGUGAGUUAAGGGCCCACAUGAGAAUUCACACAGGUGAAAAGCCGUUUACAUGCACAAGAUGUGAGAAAGCUUUUGGACAGAAAAGUCACCUGAAUGUCCACAUGAGAACACACACUGGUGAGAAGUCAUAACUUUAAGACCUGCAAGAAAUGUGUCUCAAUUGGAAAGGUAUAUAAGACGUCAUGCAGACAAGUGGCCUUGUGUUUGUAAAACAUGUAGGAGAUGAAUCAGUUCUGGUUCAUGGUCAAAGCACACAAGAACUCAUGGAAGUGAGGAGUCACAUGUUUGCAGCACUUGUGGAUAAAGUUCAACUGAAGUCACACCGGAGGAUCAAUAAACAGGAAAAACCAUCGAACUAAAGCUCCUGUGGGGACGUGUUCGCUAAGUGAACGAAGUAAAAUUCACCAUUGAGAGGAGACAACAAUAUGUUGAAGUACAUUUUGUUAAAAACUUCAUCAUCUAACAUUCAUACCAUGUUUUUACUCACAUUUCCACCGACCACAGUACUUCUUUGAAACAGUCUAAUUUUUUUAAGUCUCUGUUGCACCAUGAGUGCAUAAUUCCUCAGUAGUGUAGAUGCUGUGGUCCAAAUUUGGUGUGUCAAUAGUCAAAUCCAAAAAGUUGUUGUCAUAUUAGCAAGAAAUCCACCAUAACAGACAUUUCAUUCCAGCUCACGGCUGUUUCAGCAGCAAUAAAAAAAACUCUUGACAAAAAACCUUUCUCCUAUCAUCACUGUGAUAUUCUAACACGCCAUAAUCUACUGAGUUUUGACAAUCUCAUUACUUUCAAAUGUGCAUGUUGUGUGUAUUAGAUCUUGAACGGACUUGCACCCCCACCCUUGAGUCAGUUUUUUAAAUGUAAAUCCACCAACAGUACCAACACUAGAGCAACUACAAGAGGAGACUGUGAAAUCCCAUUUCGGCGCACUUCCUUCUCUCAGACUGCUCUAUCAGUCAGAGGCAGCAAAAUCUGGAACAGCCUGCCAACCUCCAUGAGAGACUGCUCUACCUUUCUAAUUUUUAAAAGGCUUUUGAAAGACUGGCUCAAGGCAAAUCAGACCUGUAAUCACUGUUAACUGACUGUAUAUAGCCCCCCAUGUCACUGCACAUGACCCCCCCUGGACAUGUGCAGUGACAUGGGUAAAUCUGCACCUCAUGAUAAACACCACAGCACUUUACAAAUGUACCACUUCUUCUCAAUCCAUCUUAGCACACUCCAACAAGAAAUCCUGUUCUGGUCUCUGCAUUGUUGCACCUUCAUUCCAUCUAUCCACCUUUGACAGCUCAUUUCUCCCAUUCCCAUCCCACUCAAAUUCAACUUAAACUUAACCUUCACAGUGAAAACUGUUGUGAGCACUGCAGCACUUUAUUACCUUACUAAUUAUAUUCAUAUGAUACAUUAUGUCAAUGAUCAUCUGUAUUAUAUUGCACUGUAUGUAGUGGUUUUGUUGUGUUUCUCACUCCAUCUUAGCACAACUCCAACAAGAAAUCCUGUUUCUGGUCCUUGCAUUGCUGCACCUCCAUCCCAUUUAUCCACCCCUGACAAUUUCAUCUCUCCCAAUUUAACUUAUUGUAAUUUAAUUAAAUUUAGACUUUUACUGUGACUACUUUUAUGGGCACUACAGCAUUGUUUCAUCUAUUCACUAUCCAUAGCCUCUCGAUCAACUAUUUUGCACUGUAUCACAUUGCACUCUACGUAUUGGUUUUUCGUUGUGAAUUAUUGUGUAUCUGUUUGUUAUUUGUUUUACAUAUUAUGACUUAUGUGUUCCUGUUUUUGUUUGCUAUUUUUUGUUUUAUAUAUAUAUUAUGACGUCUAUGUUCCUGUUUUUGUGUUUUUUAAUGGCCUGAGGUCUUUUUAACAUCAUGUCGGAGGACUACAGUUGAAAAUUAGCCUUUGGCUAACACUGGCACAUUUACAGCAAUGUUCAUUACUGUGCACUGUCCUCUAAAUAAAUAAAUGAAAUGAACACAAGACAACAAAUAAUUAUAAUUAUAAAGCUUUUUACAGUGACUAUUUAAGAAUACCAGAUUCACCCUGAAGUCUAAAGCUGUUAGUGGUUUCUGUUCAUCAAGGCUGCAGAUGGGUGUGACUGACAUUAAAAGAAUAAAAUAGUAAUAAUAAAGAAUUUUUUUCCCCAGAGUGUUAAGUUAUAACAUGUAAGAUGUGUCUUAAUGUUGCAGCUCAUCAGCUGGAGGUCAAGAUAAAGUAUAAUUUGAUACUGUUUGAUCAGAGGAGCUGCUUCAUUUUGAAUAAAUAUGUAAGCAGUGGAGGAACCAAACUAAUGGUACUUAAGUGCUUAAUGUGCAACAUUGAUUGUCCCCAGAUG